UGCCGACAUACGACCGAAACCUCCCUGACAGAGCGGUCCCCCGUCGAACGCGCACGCGCCCACUAAAAAAAUAUCUAAAACGAAUAAAAAAAAAAAAAUCCCGGUCAACCAAAAAGUUCUCGCAACCUUCACGGAAAACAAAAAAUCAAAGUUUGGUGCAUCGCCUGUGUUUCGUUAAUUCAAAAGGACUCUCCAACGAAUUGAAUUAUGAAGUACGUGGCAGUACUACUGUGCGCUAUUGCGCUGCACCAGGUGUUGUCGAUGCCAGUUGCUGAGCAGGAGCCCCUACCAGCGGAGGAUCAGAAUGUCCUGAGGCGAGAGACAGGUGAGACUGUUGUAACUGAGCACAAGGAAGGUGAAACACCGGAGGAGCAUGCAGCACAUCAAGAGGCAUCAGCAAGAAACGUUGACGAGGCUAAGACUGAGGAAAUUAAACCAGACCCGGAGAAGAAGGCCGAGGAGCUUGUCAAGUCCAUUGAAGCGGUAACAGUUGAGGAGAUAUCGGUGGCGAAGGAGGAGCCAAAGAGCCCCCAAGUCCUCGAAGCAGUCCGAUCUGCUCCAGUGGAGGUGCCUGAGGUCCCCCUAAUUGCUGAAGCACCACUUGCAUCCGUUGCUGAUCCUAAGGCUGAAGCAGCUCCUGAAGUCAAGAGUGCCCCAGUAGAAGAACCCAAAGUCGCUGAAGCUAAGCCCGUGGAGCAAGCACCACCUGCCCAGGAGUCAUCACCAGCUGUCAAAUCAGAAGCUCCCGUAGAAUCCAUCGUUGCUGUUGCAUCAGAAUCAGCACCAGCUGAAGAGAAGAAACCUGAGGCUGUUGUCAGUGAGGAAGCUAAGCCCGUUGAGGAGAAGAAAGAAGUCAAAGUUGAGAAUGCAGACCGAGUGACCCGUGGAACUGAGGAAGUUAAACAAUCAGAGGCACCAGUAGCUGCACCAGCUGAGGCAGCACCAGCUCCAGAAGUAGCUGCAGCUGUAGCUGAACCAGCUAAGGAGGAAGAGAAAAAGGUGGAGGAAGAGAAGAAGAUCGAGGCGAUCGAGGCACCCAAGGAGGAUGAGAAAAAACCAGAGGCCGAAGUGGCACCAGCUGUUCAGGAAAAAUCAGACCUGACAUCUGAAAUCAAAGAGGAGCCAGUGGUGGCAGCAUCCGAGGCUGUCGAGGAGCCAAAGAAGGAAGGUGAGAAGGAAGUAGCUAUUCCAAUUCAGGGAAAAUCCGAGGAGCCAAUUGUCGAGGCCAAGAGAUCAGCUGAGGAGAAGAUUGAAGUGGCUGAGAGUAAACCAGCGGACAAUGGACCCCAAGCGAAAUCAGAUGAUAUCGUUGUGGCACAACCCGAAGCCGCUAAGGAAACAGCCCAAGAGCCCCAAACACCUGUUCAAGAGCCCGUGGAAGCUGCUAAAGAGGAGAAAAAAGAUGUGAGCAGCGGUGAGGAAAAAUCCAGCGAGGAAUCCCUCGAGAAGAAACAACCAGAGGCUAAAUCAGCAGAUGCCAGUUCAUCGGAGGAGUCCAAAGAGGACAAAAAGGAGGAGAACAAGGCUGAGGAACUACCCAAACCCCAGGAGCUCGGAGAGAAGCAGUAAUGAUCCUUCCAUAAUCACCUCAAGGAAAUUAUCAUCAGAAUGAAAAUAUUUUUUAUUAAUUCUCCAUCCAACUCAAAAUGUGUGAUUGAUAAUUGUUACGAUUGCUUUACAUGAAUGAUUCUCAUCAUGAGACAAGAGUACGAAUGUAUUCACUUGACUGAUUGAACAUUUUUUUUUUUCUUUUUCCUUCAUAAACGAGAGAAUGUGGAACAAUUCCUUUCUUGUUUGAAUAAUUUUUCAUCUCGAAGAACUUGAGAGAUUGUCACGACGAGACGUUUUGCCACUUUCCCUGGCGCGAUACGACCUCGGGUAAGAGAAUUUUUUUUUUCAAAUCGUGCAACAAUUUUUUUUUUUUAUUACAAAAUUAAUCGUUCAACCGAGCUCGAACCACUCGGGAUGGUGGCAUUUUUGCAAUUAUACUUUGUCGCCCUUCGUCACAAUUUUUCCUUAUGCUGUAAUUUUUUUUUUUCCGUUAUAUUUUUUAUCCAAGAUUCCAUGUCCCUCGCAGCCCCCCCCCCCCCCCGCCCUCCCGUCAAAUUUCCUCUACCCCUUCCCCCCAACAUUUAGCUCCCCUAGAUGUUACGUGUCAUGACUAUUGAAAAUAUUAUUUUACAAUUAGAUGAGAAAAAAAAAAAUAAAGUGGAAAAAAAAAUGAUAAACGAAUGGAUCAGUAAUACUAUAUUUUAUUAUAUUAAUAUUGAUCAAUGAUUUGUAUUAUUGAGAUAUCAGAAAAAUCGUUACUGUAAUAAUAAUUAUGUAUUAUUAUAAA